ACAGAAUUAAAUGCCUUGUUCUUUUCAAAUGCUUUGCGCGAUUUACCUCGUGGAUUAUUUAAAUGUUUAAUGUUCCGAAAGCCGUAUGGCUGUCCACAUGAAGACGUAAGAUUCAUUCUAUAUACACCUAAGUCUAAGCACGGUCGAAUAAUAGAUGUUAGAAAGCCAAAGAGUUUUGUCAAAGGCGGUUUUAAUCCAGAACAUGAGACAGCCAUAAUUAUUCACGGAUUUAAUGGAACACAAACGUCUCAACACAUGAUGUUCUUAAAAGACGCUUAUAUUUCUAAGCAAUACAAUGUUAUUGCAGUUGACUGGGAGAAGCUGACAACAUAUCCAUGUUAUCUCUCUUCACUUUCAAAUACGAAGCUUGUUGCACAAUGCACGGCUCAGCUUUAUUCAUAUUUAACAUUUGUUGGAAGUAAAAUUGAAGGCAUUACAUGUGUGGGCCACUCACUAGGAGCUCACAUUUGUGGUAUGAUGUCAAAUCAUCUAACACAUAAGCAGCAUAGAAUUAUUGGCCUUGAUCCAGCAAGGCCACUUGUCCAAAAACAUGGAUCAAAGACAUUUAGGUUAACAAAAGAUGAUGCAUAUCAUGUACAAACAGUUCUCACUAAUGCUGGAUUUCUUGGUGAGUCUAUAUCAACGGGAGACGUCACUUUUUGUGUCAACGGAGGUCGGGAUCAGCCUUAUUGUAAUGGAAAUCGAAUAAAACGAGCACGAUGUUCGCACUUUCUUGCCGUGUGCUAUCUAGCAAAUGCAAUACUUCACAAUAAGAAGUCUUUAAGUGUUCCAUGUCCACGUGGUUGCGUCAUGAACAAUAGAUUUCCAUACGUCAACUAUACACCAAAUGAUAUAGAAAUGAGAUUGAAAUACUUCCGAUUAGGCCAAGAUACCAAUGUUCAAGGAACAUAUUGUGUAAGAGUAGAGCAUGCCAACAAUUGUCCAUUCCAUUGAUCUGAAUCAGAUUCUAAAAUCUACAUUUUAAGACGGUUUUAAAAAAACUGGUUCUUUAAAUUCCUGUAAAUUUACGCUGUAAUUUUCUUCAUAUAAG